UUCAACACUAUGAGCGCGCCUUUUAUUAAAACGCAGUUUUCUUAUAGUAAAUAAAAAUGCCACCAAAGCGUGCUAAAAAAGCUGCCCCUAAAUCUUCACCAGCAACGAGCGAGGACUCCAAGGCUUUGGAUCCGAACAAUCCGGUCCUAUAUAUUGAGCAUUGUCGCUCUUGACGGGUCUUUCGCCGUCGCGCCGAGGAAUUACAUGCUGCUCUGCAAAGUAAAAUUCAAGAUGCAGGCCAGCCAUUCCAUCUCCAAUUACAACUAAAUGCCCAUGGCGCACCCAGACGCGGAGCAUUCGAAUUGGCCUUCGCCCCACAUCCCACAACAAUAGUCGAAGAACAACAAUCCCUUUGGUCCGGUCUGAAACGCACACCGCGUGCCCAAAAGUUCCCCAAUUUCGAUGAAAUAUAUCAGCAAAUAAUGCAGGCAUUCAACCAAUUUGCAGAGAAAACGAACAAACGCAAACGCUCAUCAUCAUCGCCGCCAACAUCCUCAUCCAGUUUGCCAAAACGUGCAAAAGCUGCAACUAUUGAGUCUCCAAAAGAAAAAGUUUCCAAAUAAUGUGAUUUUGCAUCGCUUAGAUGGCAUCGAUAGUUUUUCAGCAGUAGCGCCAUAUGAUCAUUGAACGGUAAACCCCUAACAGGAGCUGUUCUUUGUGAAGCUUUUGCCUGAAAGCUGAAAACCUUGCGACGUCAUUCAUUAAGCGCAUCGAUUAAGAUCACAUUAAUAUACAUAAAUAAUGAUGAU